GGCUCAGAAGAACCCUGUGGAAUAGCCCGAGCACCAGAGAGAUUCCUAUUUCCAUGUCAAGAUGGCCUGUAAAGUGCAUAAAGCUUGAGCGCAAGAUAGCCCAUGAAUUAUUUAACCAGAAAAAACCAUUUAAAAUUGCACAAACCAGCAAAACAAUAGGCCCUUUAAUGGCUGAAUAGACAGAAAAGAAACAGAACUAGUGACCCAUCUUCACUGAGAUUCUGGUUUUUACUCUCCUAUGUCUCACCAAUAGAAAUGGCCACUAUGAAGCAGCAGGAAGUAAAACAACUUUGUUUCCUGAUCUGGGUCGCUUUAUGUACUGGAGUUCCUUCUGUUUUUUGCCAUGAGAGAGACUUCAUAAGCAUUGACUGUGGUGGAACAAGAAACUACACGGAUCCACAGACCGGAUUCGCAUGGGUUUCCGAUACUAGUUUCACUAGAUGGGGUAAAGUGGCUGAAAUCAAGAGCUCAAAUAAAACCAGAGAGCAAUAUCAGAGACUACGAUAUUUUCCAGCUGACAACAAGAAGUAUUGUUAUACCUUGAAUACAGUUGAGAGGAAGCGAUAUAUUGUGAGGGCAACAUUUCUUUAUGGAAAUUUUGAUAAUGGUGAUCCAUACCCCAAUUUCCAGUUAUACUUGGAUGCUACUAGGUGGUCCACUGUAAAAAUCACUGAUGCGUCGAGAAUAUAUAUUGACGAGAUGAUCAUCAGGGCUCCUUCUAGUAAAAUUGAUGUGUGUGUUUGUGAUGCAUCGACUGGUUUUCCAUUCAUAUCUACUCUUGAAUUGAGGCCCUUGAAUGUUUCGAUGUAUGCCACUGAGUAUGAGGAUGAUUUUUUCCUCAGUGUUGCUGCAAGGGUAAACUUUGGUGCUGCUACCGUGGAGGCUAUCAGGUACCCAGAUGACCCUUAUGACCGAAUUUGGGAAUCAGAUUUGAAUAAGAGGCCUAAUUUUCUAGUGGGAGCUGCUCCUGGUACAAUGCGAAUCAAUACUUCAAAGACCAUUGAGGCAAGCAUACGCGAAUUUCCACCAGUGAAAGUGAUGCAAACUGCAGUUAUUGGAACAAAAGGAAUUCUCACUUAUCGGUUAACCCUUGAUGAAUUCCCUGCUAAUGCUCGAGCAUAUGCAUACUUGGCUGAAAUAGAAGAUCUAGGUUACAAUGAAACAAGGAAAUUCACCAUGAAACAACCUCACAUACCUGAAUACAACAAUGCAGUGGUGAAUAUUGUGGAAAAUGCCAAUGGAAGUUAUAUUCUCUAUGAACCGAGUUUCCAGAAUGUGACACUGGAAUUUGUUUUGUUGUUCUCAUUUGAGAAGACUCCGGAUUCUACUCGUGGGCCACUCAUAAAUGCAAUUGAAAUCAACAGAUAUGUCCAAAUUAUCCCAAAAACAAGCACUCAAGAUGCUGCUGCUUUGGAUGCUCUGCGCUCAAUUUCUAUUGGUACUGAUUGGAUGAAUGAAGGAGGGGAUGCAUGUGUUCCAGCUCACUGGUCAUGGCUGGACUGCAACUCUGGCUCACCACCGAGAAUUACAAAAAUCUUUUUGUCUGGGAAGAAUUUAAGUGGCGAAAUGCCAUCUGAAAUUAAGCAAAUGGAUUUCCUGACCGAGUUGUGGUUGAAUGGGAAUUCAUUGACUGGAUCUAUUCCAGGUUUGAGCAAUCUUGUGAGUUUGACUGUUCUGCAUCUAGAGAACAAUAAACUGAGUGGUCACUUGCCUUCUUUUCUGGGUGAAUUACCCAAUUUGAAAGAACUGUAUGUUCAAAAUAACCUUUUAACUGGGGAGAUACCUCCUGCUCUGUUAGCAGGAAAGUUGGCAUUCUACUAUGAUGGUAAUCCUGGACUGACUAGAGGGAGACGGCAUGAGAAGAAUUUCAAAAUAAUUAUUGCCACUUCAGGAACUUUAAUUGUCUGCAUUAUUCUUCUCCUUGGAUUUGUAUUAUUACUGCAUAUUCAUCAAAGAAGGUCUUCAAAGGAUAGUAACUCAGCACGUAUUACGUCAAAACCUUCUACUGCUUAUUCCAUUAUAAGAGAUGGGUCAUUAGUGAGGGACGAAAGCUUGGAAAUAGCUUGCUAUUUCACACUUACAGAGUUGGAAGAGGCAACUGAACAGUUCUCCAGGAAAAUUGGGCAAGGAAGUUUUGGCCCUGUCUAUUAUGGAAAAGUGAAAGAUAGCAAAGAAGUUGCGGUCAAGAUCUUGGCUGCUACCUCUACUCAUGGAACCCAACAAUUUGUGAAUGAGGUCACACUCUUAUCAAGAAUUCAUCAUAGAAACUUGGUUCCCCUGAUUGGGUAUUGUGAAGAAGGCAACCAAAGAAUUUUGGUUUAUGAGUAUAUGCAUAAUGGAACUCUAAGGGAUCACAUACAUGAUCCUAUUAAGCAGAAGAAAUUGGACUGGAUGUCGCGUUUAUAUAUUGCGGAAGAUGCAGCUAAAGGACUUGAGUAUUUGCAUGGUGGUUGCAUCCCAAGCAUAAUCCAUAGGGAUGUGAAGACAAGUAAUAUUCUUUUAGAUAUUAAGAUGAGAGCUAAAGUAUCAGACUUUGGUUUAUCUAGAUGUACUGAUGAAAAUCGUACUCAUAUAUCAAGUGCUGCAAGGGGAACUGUUGGGUACCUUGAUCCUGAGUAUUAUGGAAAUCAACAAUUGACAGAGAGAAGUGAUGUUUAUAGUUUUGGAAUUGUACUCUUGGAGCUAAUCUCUGGUAGAAAGCCUAUCUCUGUUGAAGAUUAUGGCUCUGAUUGGAACAUUGUACAUUGGGCAAGAUCCAGGAUCCGGAAAGGUGCUGUAAAGAGUAUCAUUGAUCCCCAACUCGGGGACAAUAUCAAAAUAGAGUCUGUUUGGAAAAUGGCUGAAAUUGCAAUCCUUAGUGUCGAAUCACACAUGGUCUCUCGACCAACUAUGCAGAGUGUUGUGUUGGCCAUUCAGGAUGCAAUCAAAAUAGAGAAAGAGAGCUUGGAGAUAGCAUCGUGGGAUUCGUCAGUGGAUCUCUCAAAAAGCAUGGACAUGCCAUCAAGUUCCCUUGAUGGUUAUGAUGGCUCUCAUGAAGUUUUGGGCAAAUAUGAUCUCCCAACUGCAAGAUAAGUUGUAGCAUCUUGGGCAACAACUUAGCUCACUUUUGUAAUUCAUGGUGUUUUGCAGUAGACAGAUGAAAGAUGUAUUUACGUAGGUUUUUUUUUGGGUGAAUAGUGUUAACACAGGUUUGAUAUUUUAACAUACAUGAUUUCAGUUCCAUGCAAUAAUGUUGUUCCGUAGAAGUGUUCAUGAUAUUAUGUAUUUUUAUACAAGGAGGUCAUAAUAAAUAUUGACCGUUAAAUGUAGAACCAUCCGAGAAUCGGAUGGUUGGGGAUGUAUAUUGAUUGGGCACAAAGUCCAAAAAAAUAUAUCGAAUAUUGUGACAUGUCAA